CUUUUCUAUGAUAAUCGUUUCUCUUCACCUUUUCUUGUAAAUAGAAACAAUUGAUUCACAAUCAAUUCAUUACGUUUUUCAGGUGCAAAGUGAGUUUCAGAAAGCUUAUGAGAGUGGGAUAGCUAAGGCAAGGUAUUGGGAACCAACUUAUGAGGACACCUUGAAUUUAAUUGCACGAUUGCCAGCCAUUGCUGCUUAUAUUUAUCGACGGAAAUACAAGGAUGGAAAAAUCAUACCGUUGGAUGAUUCUUUGGAUUAUGGUGCAAACUAUGCUCAUAUGUUAGGGUUUGAUGAUCCAGAAAUGCUGGAGUUCAUGAGGCUUUAUAUUUCCAUCCACAGUGAUCAUGAAGGUGGAAAUGUUAGUUCGCACACAGCUCACCUAGUCGCUAGUCCUCUAUCAGAUCCUUACCUUGCAUUUGCGGCUGCUUUGAAUGGUUUAGCUGGUCCCUUGCAUGGUUUGGCCAAUCAGGAAGUUCUCCGAUGGAUCAGGUCAAUAGUUGCAGAGUUUGGAACUCCCAACAUAAGUACAGAGCAGUUGGCUGACUACAUUAAUAAAACAUUGAGUAAAGGCCAGGUUGUGCCUGGAUAUGGGCAUGGGGUUCUGCGCCAGACAGAUCCAAGAUACACGUGCCAGAGGGAGUUUGCUUUGAAGCAUUUGCCUAAUGAUCCACUUUUCCAGUUGGUGUCUAAAAUAAAAGAGGUUGUGCCGCCUAUUCUUACUAAGUUAGGCAAGGUUAAAAAUCCAUGGCCAAAUGUUGAUGCUCACAGUGGAGUGCUACUGAACUACUAUGGUCUAACUGAGGAAAACUAUUAUACUGUUCUAUUUGGGGUAUCGAGGAGCUUUGGAGUUGGUCCUCAGUUGAUAUGGGAUCGGGCUCUUGGAAUGCCACUAGAAAGGCCAAAGAGUGUCACACUGGAGAAGCUCGAGCAAUUGUGUGCCAAAUCAUCCUGAAAUUUAAAGCGCCGUUUCUCUGUUAAUAAUGACUAAAACACACUGCGUUAGAUAUGUUGUUGAGUUAAAAAGUUUGGUAUGAUUUGUAAUGAGCAAUAUUCAUUGCCCUCCUCCAUCGUUUCUAUUUUAGAAGAUUUUUGUAUUUAGGUUUUAGGGUGGAUUUUCACCCUCAAAAGUUGUUUCCACAUUUUUGAAUGAACUAAUUAUUAGGUAUGAAGGAGCAUAUAUAAGAAUAAAGGCAUAUUUAGUGUCCUUGUAUUCUUUCCUACUUUGAAUGACGUGUUCGACAAAGGCAUCGACAAGCAUCUUAUAUACUUUGAUCCUUCCCUAUGGAUUAAUGUAACUUUUCUUUCGAAUGAAAAAUAAAAAGGACGCAACUUUAUUCUUUCAA